UGUAAUUGUGCCGGUGAUCGCCUGGCGCUAUCCACGGCACUUCGCGCCUGUAAUACUGCCUUCGUGCUUGGGAACACAGGCCGUCUAAGACAUUUCUGGCCGGGCCUGUGGCCACGCUGCGGUGUUGAUCAAGUUCAAACAACAGAUUUUGUUCUUAUCCUGUGGAAUUUCCUGUGAUUUACCUGUUUGAAUAAAUUCAUAUCUCUACCUGGAUAAUUUAUCUGGCUGAUACACUGUGUAAGUCACCUGGUCGACUUACCUGUAACAUUCAGUCAGGUCCCCUCACACCCCUCACACACUUGGCUCUUCAUCAGUGUGAACCACAUCACGGCACCCUGCAGAUUUUGCGCGCCGCGCUACAUCUGUGACGUCAACUACGUCGAUUCCAGUCACAUCGGUGACGUUUAUUACGCUAAGUUGCACUCUCCGGUUUAAUCAACGACAAUGAAGGAAUCGUACGAGUUCAGUGACCUGAAUGGGGAGGGUUCCACCAGCAGUCGGACGCAGCUGACCGAGUCUGGCUCAAGGCCCAAAAGUGGAGGCUGCCGCAUAAGCACGGCCAUGGGAUUUGUCUUGGCCUUGCUAGCUAUCCUGAUUGCUGUAGGGGUCGGUGUAAUAGUCCACUUCGCGUCCCCGGCACGCAAAUUCGAAUGUCACUGUAACUAUCCCGGGGGAGGGGCAACUAAGCCGACCCCAGAAGCCCAGUGGCAGGCCUGCCUGGAGAUGGCGAAAGAAAACGAUCACUGUGUUAUUUCCGAUUGCCCUGGUGGAAGUCCCGCCCCGGAGUCGACAACCUCCGCUACCAUGACAUCAACGGAGGGUCCGACGGAUGUGCCUUACAUGCGCUUGCCCACUGCACUAUUUCCAGUUCACUACAAAGUAGAGCUGGAGCCCCGGAUGUACACCUCUGACCCUAAAUCGUUCACGUUUCAAGGGUCGGUGGACAUUCUACUGGAGUGCAAGAAAGCCACUAACAACAUCACACUGCACAUCAAAGAGCUGGAACUGGUGAACAGCUCGAUUUCUCUGAGCUCCGCUGCCGGGGAGUCGACGUCAUCGGCGCCACCAGGGAUCGUUGACUACCAGUUGGACAGCGUCCGUGAGUUCGUGGUGUUCAAUCUAGACGCUGAUCUUGAUGAAGGAUCGCGUUACAACAUCCGCAUGAGUUUUUCCGGACCUCUGAAAAACGAUCUGAGGGGACUAUAUCUCAGCGCGUAUCAAGAAAACAGCCAAUCUGUGUACUUGGCCACUACCCAAUUCCAGUCAACUGACGCGCGAAAAGCCUUCCCAUGUUUUGACGAACCAGCGCUGAAAGCCACGUUUGAUAUCACGUUGGUGAGGAGGGACGAUUACAUGGCACUGUCUAACAUGCCUCUAAUUAGCAGUCAACCAAGGGAAAAUGGGAUGACCGCGGACAGUUUCAACACAACAACUAGGAUAUCCACAUACCUACUGGCCUUCGUUGUGUCUAAGUAUACGGGUAAUGAGAUGAGAACCCAAAACAACGUCAAGAUCGGCGUGUGGUCUCGGCCGGAAGCUCUUCAUCAGUCGGAUUAUGCUCUAAAUCUGUCAGUGGAGGUGCUGGACUUUUUUCAGGACUAUUAUGGGCUGGAUUAUCCGCUACCCAAACUAGAUAUGGCAGCUGUCCCGGAUUUUCUGUUUCGCGGAAUGGAAAAUUGGGGUCUUAUCAUUUACAGAGAAACCGCCAUGUUGUUCGACCCCAACGUUUCUGGCUCAUACGACAAGAACAAUGUCGCCGUGGUCGUAGCUCACGAGCUUGCUCACCAGUGGUUUGGUAACCUGGUUACACCCAGCUGGUGGGACGAUCUCUGGCUUAACGAAGGAUUCGCCAGUUUUGCGGAGAAUGUCGGUAGGAACCAUGUCUAUCCAGAAUGGCACGUGUUCGAGAUGUUCAUUGUGGACCAGCUCCAGAGAGCCUUCCGCCUAGACGCUCUCCAUUCCUCUCAUCCCAUUUACGUGCCUGUCAAUCACCCAGACGAGAUCAACGAGAUUUUUGACUCUAUUUCUUACAACAAGGGAGCAUCCAUACUACGCAUGCUCCAGCAUUAUGGAGAGGAGAAAUUCAAGCAAGGAAUUAAGACCUUUUCUCUUAAUAAGUGGGAAGCUAUGGAGGCAUUCGUUCCCUAG